CCCGUGGGGAGGCCACCCAGCCACCCGUCAACCAAUCGACAAAAAGAAGACUGCCUGCAGCCCUUCCUUCCAUGAGCUCCCGACCUCCAAUAAAUGAUGCCCAGGCGGACGAUGAGUUCCCCUCCCACGCGACACGACACACAAAUGGAACAAGGACGGCGGUGCACACAGACGACAAAUGCAACAACCCCCUCAACGGCCACACACAUUGAUGACCACACACACACAGACACACACAGAGACACACACAGAGACAGUCAGACGAAAAGGGCACUACUGUAAAUGCCCUCAGACACACGCUGCGAUGGGCUUCUCUAAAUCAAAACUAAACAAACAACCACACACACAGAAAGGGACAGACCCCUCCCCCUGCAGUCCACCCGCACACACCACUGACUGGCAGUUGAUGCACCUGAUCAAUCCAUCCAUCCAUCCAUCGGUGGUGGCUCUCUCCCUCAUGGCGGCUAGUGUGCGUGUGUGUGUGUGUAUGUGUGUUUGCAUAUAUAUAUGUGUGUCUUUGAAAAAACAGCAGCAGCACAGCACAGGGGUAAAUCGAUCGACAAAGAAAACCACACACCACAGAAACGGCACACACAGCACAGCACGCCGAUGAACCACAAAGAAAACCCACACAGACACACACACAGCACCACAAACUCGACAAAUCGAAAAACAAAGCGCUAGUCAGCAGACAGACAGACAGACAGGUCUACGACGGACGGACGUACGAAUAUCAUCACCAUCUACCCUGAGCCCGCGCGUCCCCUUAUCCCCCCUGUGUACGGCCGGCCAUGGGCUCAGGUCGCCAUGAUGUAUGCCAGCCAGGUGCGCCAGCCCUCCGCCACCAGCUUAUCAUAGGCCGCCAUCUUGCGGGCCUGCUCCCGCACUGGCAGCGGCAGCUGGGGCGGGGGCGGCACCACCACCACCACCACGGGCGGCACUGCGGCUGGGGCAGGUGCGGAAGGCAGGGCGGCGACGGGCUGCGGCAGCACGAUGGCCGGGUGCACGGGGUGUGCAGGUAUGUAGAGCACCUGUGCCGCACACAUCAAACCAAGGCAGCACAGCACACGCAGUCAGCGGAUUGUAUUGUGUCGUCAGGUCUGUCUGUUUGCGGUGUGUGUUUCUCUCUCACCUGCGGCACCCCGACCACCUGCUGCACCACAGCCGCCACCGCGUCCUGAAGGUAAGCACAGCCAGCGAACGAGGGAGGCCCUCUCAGUUCAACAGCCGUAAACAAGGCGUGUUUGUGGGGUGGGUGCACUGCCCACCGGGAUCAGUGCCGCGCCGUUGACGAUGUCCUGCCACACGAAGCGGCGCCCCCCCUCCGUCUGCAUCAACACACACACGCACGGUGCGGUGCACCAGCGUAGGCUUCCCUGCCUGUGUUUCCACUCACUCACCGGCCGCAUCAUCAGCGCUGGCGACGACUUGCCCCUUCGAUAGAGGCCUUGAUGGAGAAACACGGCCGCCACCGCCACAUGGCCUCCUGACCUAUCGUCGUUGCCCGCCCGCCGGCGAGCACGCCGCUGGACGGCGCCUGAUGCCGAUGACGGCGGGAUGCCGAGGGUACUGUUGAGAUUGUUGCCGAAGCAGAGGGGCGAGCCCCCCUUCUGGAGGAAGUCGGCCUCGCCCAGCUGCUGGGAGAGGUCGCCAAAGUUGGGCAUCAUGCCUUGCUGCAGCUUCCCUUCUCGCUCCUUGUCCUCCUCUGAGUCGCUGAAGGUCGGUUUGGAGAAGUAGCGGUUCUGCUCGAUCUCUCCCUGGAGCGAUUGCAGCAGGCUGAGGUUCUCCUCAACCAUGGCCAGCUGGUCGUCACUGUCAUUCUCGUCCGCAAUCCCGCCUCGAUUCCGCACCAUCUGACGGAGCUU